AUGACGGAUCUCCUCUGUAAAGAACCUAAAAAGGAAGACUGGGUGGUCAUAGAAAAACAACACAUCUGUGCUGUCAAAGGAACAUCAGUGGUCAUGCUCUGCUCUCUCACUCCCCCUGCUGGUCACACAGUGACUAAAGUCUUCUGGCUGAUAAACCCCAAAAAGGGUGCUGAACCCCCUGAUCUCUAUGACAACCAAUCUUACACAGGUCGUGUUCAAUACUAUUGGAAUAAGAGAAACAAUAAGAGCAUCUGCACCUUAGAACUCACUAGUCUGAAGCUGACAGACAGUGCCGUAUAUAAAGUGAGGAUUAUAGCCGGGACAGACAAAUGGCAAAGUGAUGCUUUUGUAAAACUGACAGUAAUAGAAUUUGCUGUCCAGUUUCCUAAUCCAGUGUUUGAGGGUAAGAAAGUGGAGCUGAACUGCACAUCCACCAGUGAUACCUGUAGUUUGAAAGGCAAUGUGACAUGGAGCAAGAAUGGACAAAGACUAUCCGAGACACAAACAACGGGCCCGAAGCUUCUCCUCAAGACGCUCAGAGUUGAAGAUGAGGGAGAUUAUUCCUGUGCUCUGAAAGGCUAUGAGGAACAUCCAUCUCCACCAGUGAAGCUAAAUGUCAUGUUCCUUCCAAAGAACACCUUAGUUUCUGUCAGACCUGAUGUGAAUAUAACCAAUGGUGAGUCAGUGACUCUGACCUGCAGAAGUGAUGCCAACCCACCAGUGGAGAACUACACCUGGUUCAAAGUGGAUGAGUCCAAUCCAGUAAGAUCAGGACAGCAGUACAGCAUCACUAACAUCAAGUCUGAGGAUGGAGGACAGUACUAUUGCGAGGCCAGGAAUAAAUAUGGAGCUGAGAACUCUUCCUCCGUGUCCAUCACAGUUAAAGGAGCCCGUAGGUCUGUGGUGUAUGUGAUUGCAGGAGUCUCAGUCUGUGGAGCUGCAGGUCUGAUCUGUGUGCUGGUCUGGUAUAGAUACCGCAAAACCAACACACAAGCCAGCAGGAAAGAGCAGGAUCAAGGUGAUAUUCAGGACUCAGACACUGACCCCCCGAGACCUGGUGGGAGCAGAGCUGCUGGUACCCCCAGUGUGGAGGCUGCAGGCACUCAGGAAGAUGACGUCCAUUAUGCCAGUGUCCAGUUGAAAUAUGCCAGAACUGCGCACAGUUCCAGUGUGCAGCCAGAGGGGGAGCACUCUGUGAUCUACAGCAGCGUGGAAACAAGAGACUAA